AUGACCCCUGCUAUAGAGCUGGCAUCGGUCUUGUAUGCUGAUGUAAUUUAUAUCGGCAUCCGGAACAGAGCGGCACGCAGCCGUCCGGCGGAUGACUGCUUCUACACUGGAUACGUAGAAGACGUCCCAGGAUCGGUGGCCGUUCUCAGCACCUGCUCUGGGCUCUGGGGCUACUUGAAGAUAUACGGCGUUGACUACGAAAUCGAACCCGUUGCGUCUUCCUCUUCGUUCCAACACCUCCUUUAUCGGGCGGCACUUGAGGAAGACUCCCCUGAGCGGUGUGGGGUCAUCGAUGAAGAUAUGAGAGAUCCAGCAGCGGAGCACAGAGACCCUCCGACAGUGGAGAGACAGCUUGGAAAAGAUGGAGACGAAGUAAACCUUUUGUACACAUCUACCAGAUAUUUAGAGCUGUAUCUUAUUGCGGACAAAGCAAAGUUUCUCCAUGAAAAUGCCAAUGAAACUCUACUGACCCGGAAGAUGCUUCAGUACGUUCAUUUGAUGAAUUACAUGUUCCAUCCAUUCGGUCUUCGCGUUAGUCUGGUUGGAGUCGAGAUCUGGACAGAAAGAGACAUCACCGCGAUCACGCCCCAUUUGAAUCAGGUUCUCGAGUUGUUUGCAGACUACGCUCACCGGGUUCUCCAGCACCGUUUGCAUUUUGACCUUGCAGAAUUAAUGGUGGGUGGAAGCUACCCUGGACUGUUUGGACUUUCACUUGGAGAAUCGCUGUGCAAACAUCAUCCUUCUGUAGCUGUUGUCAAAGCAGCGUCUAGGUCAGUGCUAUACGAUGCACUCAGUAUGGCACAUGAGACAGGGCACUCUCUUGGCUUCACGCACGAUAAUGCUAAAGCAAAUGUCUCCAGAAGCUGCUACUGCAAUUGUACCUGUGGAGGACGAUGCAUCAUGUCAUCAACAAACUCUCUCUGCACGGGGUUCAGUAACUGCACCAGAGCAGAAUAUUACAACCUGAUAAGUAAACAGAGCAAGCGCUGCCUGCUUGACAUCUCACAAGCCAAACGACCCAAACCGGAGAGCAAGUGCGGCGACGGUGUCGUGGGAGAAGCGGAGGAGUGCGACUGCGGGUCACAUACAUUAUGCUUACAGGAGAAAUGCUGCCAGUCGAAUUGUUUAAGAAAGCCAGGCGCUCGUUGUGUUUUCGGACAUUGCUGUAAACAAUGUCAGUUUCUUAAAGAAGGACGGCUGUGCCGGGAAAGCAGCGGGGAGUGCGACCUUCCCGAGUUUUGCAACGGGACGUCAGAGCUGUGCCCGGAGGACAUGAUCAAACAGGAUGGCACCCCGUGUAGCGACUCGUACCUUUGCUUCCAAGGGAAAUGCCGCAAACACAAGAUUCAAUGCAAAGUCCUAUUUGGCCAAGAGGCAGAAAAAGCCCCCGCCUUUUGUUAUGAAACUGUGAACACCAAAGGCGAUCGGACUGGCCAUUGCGGUAGGGACGGGAUGUUUUUCAAGAAAUGCAAAAAGAGCGAUGUCAUGUGUGGAAAACUGCAGUGCACUAAUAUUAAAUAUAUCCCUGAUACGGAUAAGCCUAUAACCGUGGUUCAAGAUACACAUGAAGACUAUGUGUGUUGGACUGCAAUAUUAAAGGACGACAUGGAUGUUGGGACAGUGCAAGACGGGACAGCUUGUGACAGAGACAAGAUGUGUCUAAACAGGACAUGUGUCAACAUAACACAUCUGAAUUAUAACUGCAACCCCACAAAAUGUAAUAAUAGAGGGGUUUGCAACUCUAAUAAAAACUGCCACUGUGAUCAUGGGUGGGCCCCUCCGGAUUGUAAAUUCAAGGGCUAUGGAGGAAGUAUCGACAGUGGGCCUAUUACAGAGCAUUCUGAUAAAGAUGAAGACAUUGCUGUGGAAAUAGUCAUCGGUGUCUCUAUCACGGUCCUUGCGCUUAUUGCCGUUAUAACACAUAGAACUCGCCAGUCUACCUGCAAACGGCAGAACUGAGGCGGUAAAUUUUGGAGGCUAACUUCACCAGCCAUGAGAACGUACCCAUUUAGAUUUGGUCAGGUUUGAUUAUUAUAUAAUCCGACCCACAAAUUAAAUAAAUCACCUUCA